AUGGCUGACAACAACCCAGGCUGGCUUUCAGUGAAGAAGAGGGAGAAGAAAGGAGAGAGCAAACCACCGGAGAAGGAGCAGGAGGAGCAGGAGGAGGAGCAGGAGGAGGAGCAGGAGAAGGAGAAAGUGUUGAAGACAGGAUACCAAGUUGUGAAGACAGGAUACCAAGUUGUGAAGACAGGAUACCAACACCAACCAGGGGAGGUGAGGAAGGAGGAGGGAGGCGGAGAGAAGACAGGUGGAACGAAGGAGAUAACAGAGGUAGCAGAAGGAGGAGUGGCAAAUGGAGAGUUUGAAACCAUCGAGCUGCCACCAUGGGAGAUCGUCACUGGGGAGCAGAUGAGUCCGUUCUACUUUAAGUUCCAAUUCCGGAACGUUGAGUAUUCAUCUGGUCGUAAUAAGACUUUGCUAUGUUACCGAGUGGAGACUCCGGAGGGCGCCACUGAUCCACUACAGGGAUACAUGGAGGACGAACACGCCACCGCACACGUAGAGACGGCCUUCUUCACACGGGUCCUCCCCCACUAUGACUCCUCCCAGGAAUACGAGGUCAGGUGGUACGUAUCUUCCAGUCCCUGUGCAGCCUGCUUCACCAAGAUGGCCGAUGUCCUCAGACAGAGAAAGAAGCUCCGCCUCUACCUCCUCAUGUCCCGCCUCUUCCUGUGGGAGGAGCCUGAGAUAGAGGUGGGGCUGCGGUGCCUGGCGUCACUGGGUGUGAGGAUUAGGAUGAUGAAGCCGUCUGACUUCUUGUCUGUCUGGGAAACGUUUGUAGAGAAGGAGGAGGACAUGACCUUUAACCCCUGGGAGGACUGCCAGGACAACUACCAAUACUACCAGUACAGACUCAACAACAUCCUCAAGUAA